CGCCGCGGGGCGGAGGCGACCGAGCCUGAGGAGAGGCUACGCGUGCUGCAACGCCGGCCGCUGGGCUCUGAGGCAGCGAGCUCAGGCCAGCUCCCGCUUUUCCCUGGCGCUCAGCCCACGUCGAGUCCUGCGUGGAGAUGGCAGACGAUCUUGGAGACGAGUGGUGGGAGCACCAGCCGGCAGGAGCCGCCAGCAGUCCAGGUUACGUAUCUUCAUCUUACACUGUGCUGCCUACCUGGACUGAGGUUAAAAAGGCAAAUGUAGAAGCAUCAGAUGGCGAAGGAGGAGGAGACACAGAAAUGAUGCAGCAGGAGACAGCUCCAGUUCCUGCCUUGUCAAAGAAAACCAAACAGCCUAAAGAAUGUUUCUUGAUAAAACCAAAGGAAACAAGUGAAGAUGCCACCAAAACCAGGAAGAGGAGAAAGAAGAAAAUUACUGAUGUUCUUGCAAAAUCAGAGCCAAAACCAGGGACACCUGAAGACCUACAGAAGCUGAUGAAGGACUAUUUUAGCAGUAAUCGCUCAGUGAUUGAAUUAGAAGAACUAAACCUGCCAGACUCCUGUUUCCUCAAGGCCAAUGAUUUGACUCACAGUCUUUCAUCAUACCUAAAAGAAAUCUGCCCUAAGUGGGUGAAACUUCGGAAAAACCACAGCGAGAAGAAAUCGGUCCUGAUGCUGAUUAUCUGUGGCUCUGCCAUCAGAGCCCUGGAGCUCAUUAGGUCAAUGACCGCAUUCAGAGGAGACAGCAAAGUUAUGAAAUUAUUUGCAAAACAUAUAAAGGUCCAGGAGCAGGUAAAAUUGCUGGAGAAGCGUGUGGUACACCUUGGUGUAGGAACUCCAGGGAGGAUUAAAGAACUCAUUAAACAAGGUGGCCUUAAUUUGAACCCCUUAAAGUUUCUGGUUUUUGACUGGAACUGGAGAGAUCAAAAAUUGAGGAGGAUGAUGGACAUUCCCGAGAUAAGAAAGGAGGUUUUUGAACUUUUGGAAAUGGGAGUCUUCAGUCUAUGCAAAUCAGAAUCUUUGAAGCUGGGCCUUUUCUAAAUCUAGGUCCUGAUGAAGAUUCCAGUUUUUAUGGUGGGAUUUGCAUCUCCUUUAAUGGCUUUGGCACAUUGCAUUCACUCAGAAGAUAUCAGCUAUUGUUUUAUUAAGUUAAUUGUGUCACCAGAUGGAUUGCUGGGAAUGUUUCAUGGGGAUUCUUUGAGAAAAAUGAAUCUGUCCUUUGCCAAAACCCUUGUAUAAUAAAGCAUCACUGGCUUGUGUGUGAUUUUUGUUACACAGACUGAGUUUUUCUCUCACCAACUGGCCUCUAAUAGGACUGUGUAAGGGAAGGGAAAGAGCAGCGGGGCAACCCUAAACAAGCCCCUUCCCUCUCUUAGCCUCAGUUUAAUCAGCUGCGAAAUGGGAAUGGUAUCUUGCAGGCUUGCUGAGGAUUUCAUGAGAUGGUGCAUGUGGAACGGAUUUAUAAACUGUGAAGCCUAGUCCCAGAGUGAAGGGUGGCAGUGGUAGUGGUAGAAAGAGCUGUAAGUAUAUGUGGCACUUUGUAAACAUGGCAAAGACAGUGAUGUACCUAGAAUGGUCUUACUCAUUUAUUUCUUUAACUCUUUAUUUUGAGGUAGUUUCACACAUAUGGAACAGUUGCAAAAAUAGUAUAAAGAAUUCCCAUACUCUCUUUCCCCAGCACCCCCAGUGUUAACAUCUUGUAUAACCAUAGUACAAUUAUCAAAACUAAGGAAUCAACAUUGAUACAAUACAAUUAACUAAACUACAGACUGUAUUUAGAAUUCCCCAGUUUUCCUACUGUUGUCCGUUUUCUAUUCCAGGAUCCACUCAUCCCACAUUGCAUGUAGUUGUCAUUCUCCUUAGUUUCCUCCGGUCGGUGACAGUUUCUCACCAAAACUGUUGUUCAUAACCUUGACACUUUUAUAGAAUGUCCCUCAAUUUGAGUUUGUCUAUUGUUUGUCUGGAAGAAAACAUCAGAACAUGACUUUAUAAGAGAACAGAAUUGCAAAUUGAGACAUGCAGUCUGUGCUUUCAGAAUUCAGACCAAUCCAGCUGCCAAACCCAAAAAUGAGACUGUCAUGAAUAUUAUGUGUGCAUAUGAGUAUGUGUGUUUGUGACUGUACCCCACACAUACAACCACUUCCUGAUUCUACAUUUAUUUGGUACAUUUGUGUCUCAGCAGUUAAUGGGGAAAGGUAGUGAAAUACGAGGCAACCCAGUAUAUGCAAAAUGUCUGGAUGCCUGAAGAGGCUAUCUACACAGCAGUUAAAGAGAAA